CGUGGACAAAGUAUCGAAAGUGUGCCUGAUAAGGAAACUUAAGACAAACACUUGAGACAGUUCUUAUAUAAAGAAUUGUCUCUGAUGCGUUUCUUCAGUUCAAUUUCAUUCCACGCUUCAAGAUGACGAUCAGCAUUGUAGUCUUGAUUGCCAUUUCCUGUGUAUUUGGACACACCCUUGGGGAAGUUGCUCGUUACGACAACUACAGGAUCUACGGAGUGACGGUGAACUCAGUUGAGGAUUUUAAAGCUCUGGAGAGUCUUGAAGGAACCAGUGAUGGAUACAUCUUCCUCUCCAUGCCAUCUAAGUUGUCCAAAGAAGCUGCCGUUGUUGUUGCUCCUCAUAAAUUUGAUAUUUUUGAGAGCUUUCUAGACAGCAAAAGCAUCAAACACAGAGUGACACAGAAGAAUUUGCAACGUAUGAUCGACAUGGAACGUAGAUCAAUGGAUUUUAGGAAGAGGAGAAGCAAUGGCUUUGACUUCGACAACUACCACACCAUUGAAGAGAUAAAUGCUUGGCUGAACUCUCUGGAGGAAGCUCAUCGAGAUGUUGUUUCCGUUAUCACUGCUGGAAAGUCAUAUCAAGAGCGUGAUAUCUUGGGUGUGAAACUUUCUCGUGGUGCAGAUAAGCCAGGAAUUUUCGUUGAAGCUGGUAUUCAUGCACGUGAAUGGAUUUCUCCAGCAACGGUUAUCUUCCUAAUCAAUGAACUUCUAACAAGUUCUGAUCAAGGUGUUAAAGAUCUUGCUGAAAACUACGAUUGGUACAUUUUCCCCAAUAUCAACCCAGACGGGUUUGUUUAUACGCAUGAGAAGAAUCGCAUGUGGAGGAAAACACUGAAGCCAGAUCCUGAUAUUGCGGCAUGUUUUGGCGUUGAUGCCAACCGUAAUUGGGACUUCCAGUGGACAUCAAGUGAAACAACCAACAAUCCAUGCUCAGACAAGUAUGCUGGACCAUCACCUGCCUCUGAACCCGAAGUUGUUGCUGUUGCGAACUACAUGACGAGCAUCAAGGAUAAAUUGCACCUCUUCCUUUCAUUCCACUCCUUCAGUCAACUCAUCCUCUUCCCCAAUGGGUACACAGAAGAACUCGUUGAGCACUACAAUGAUCUCAAGGAUAUCGGGGAUAGUGCUGCUAAGGCUCUAGCUCAGCGCUAUGGGACUGAAUACACCGUAGGGGAUAUCUACAGUACGAUCUAUCCAGCUCCUGGAACCUCCAUCGACUGGGCUUAUGGAGCUUUAGGCAUUAAGCUUUCCUUUGUCUACGAGCUGCGUCCCACGUCCAACUUAGAGGGUGGACACACAUUGCCUGCUGAUCAAAUUAGACCUGUAGCCUUGGAGACAAUUGAUUCUCUCGUGGCGCUAGUUAAGCGUGCCAAAGAACUAAAAUACUUUGAUCGUCAAUAAAAAUUUUAUUCUCCGUGAAUUAUGAGACUUUAAACUUUUCUUCAAAAGUUUAUUUGUAAAAGAAAUAUUUUGUUUAUUAAAUUUUGAGAAUAAAAAGAUAUCUUGAAAAGAAAAA